AUUAUUUAAGAUCUUGAUGAUGCUUUGAGGGAAAAUCUUUAGUAUCUACCUGUUCAUGCUGUAUUCGUAAGAGGAAAUGAUUCCUUUCUUUCCCCAAACUAGGACAAAUAAGAUAGUUUCACUGCUUCUUUUCUUCUUUAAAACAGAAGCAUCCAGAGUGGGACUCUUAUGUUAUUGUGUUGCUUUUCACAAAUACAUUAUUUUCACUCCUGUGAUUCUUUGAAGUAGCUGCUAGAGAACAGUGUUAGGUUUGCACAGCCAAAUGGAUGAAGAACAGUAUCCAGAUGAUUCAGAUAACAAUUACUCAUAUGAGUAUUCCAUUAAUGAAAGCAAUGUCUGUGAAAUGGGUAACUAUUUUGUGUUUUAUACCCAUUUCACUACUGUUAUCUACACUCUGGCAUUUUUUCUUAGCCUGCUGGGAAAUUCUCUGGUGUUAUGGAUCCUAUUCAAAUAUGAAAACCUUGUGUCUUUAACAAACAUCUUCAUCAUGAAUCUCUGUGUCUCUGACUUGAUAUUCUCCUGCAUGCUGCCUUUCUGGGUAGUGGACCAGUCCUUCGGGUGGAUUUUUGGUGAGUUUCUUUGCAAAGCAAUGAAUGCCAUUUUCUCCAUUGGCUACUACAGUGGUGUUUUCUUUUUGACUCUCAUGACUAUUCUACGGUACUUGUCCGUCGUGAACCCUCUUUCCACUUUGAGAUCCCCAACACAAUGCUGUGGUUCUCUGGUGAGCUUGGUUGUUUGGACUUGUAGCAUUUUAAUUGUGGUUCCCGAGGUGAUUCACACCACAGUUCAAGAAGACGUGGAUGGGUCCAAGACCUGUGAUUACAAUGAUUGGAAAUGGAAAAAGGUGGAUGUUUAUCAGAGAAAUGUACUCUUCCUGUUUUCCUUUGGGGUUAUUAUAUUCUGUUACUUCAGGAUACUGAUAAUUCUGCUAGGAACAAGAUCUCGCAGAAAGCACAGAACUGUGAAACUCAUCCUCAUUAUCGUGAUGGCUUUCUUCCUGAGCUGGGCACCUUACAACAUCCUCAGUUUUCUGAUUACUUUUCCACCAUCUACCUGUCAGUAUGAAAAAGACACCACCCUUGCCUUUCACAUCAGCCGUAAAAUUGCUUUCUCCCACUGCUGCCUUAACCCUGUGCUUUAUGUAUUUGUUGGAGUCAAAUUCAAGAGACAUUUGAUACGUCUAUGCAGCCAGUGCUUACCUUGUGGCAACAGUCAAGUUUCCAGCCCCAGGAUCUGUUCUCAAGGCAAAUUUCACUAUGAAGAUGCAUCCAUCUACUGA